AUGGCAGACGACGGAGCAUAUACGGCAGACGACCCUACGCUGACCGUGGGGCCGAAAAUUGUCUGUAUCACUGAGCUCUGUGACCAACAACCGUCGGCGACGACAUCCACAUUGCAGGUGGAGGCCGAUCAGAGGACGUUAGAUUUAGCACCACUACUAUCCCUGUGUCCAAAUGACGAACUGUUGGAAGCUCCUGUUGGAAUCUUGCAGGAGUGCGAUUAUCCAUCGACAGACAACGUAUAUAUGGUGGACGACAAUAAAUACACGACGAAAGAUGACGCGGUAGACGACCCUACACUGACCGUGAGGCCAAAAAUUGUAUGUGCUAUCAGUGAGCUCCGUGAUCAACAACCGACGACGACGACAUUGACUUCGAGCAAAAGUGAUGGCGACGGGUUGGAGCCAGCGACAACUACGAUCCAAGUAAAGUCAGCGGUGACUGAACAGCUUGAUUCUUACGUGGCACCGGUUAGAAUCCAGCUGUUAGAUGCACUGGCUGAUGUUAACGAUUUCGUUCCGGACGAGGCAACCAAAAGCACGACCAUAGUUCCUAUAGUCGUGGCCAAAAGUGAUGGCGACGGGUUGGAGCCAGCGAUGACUACGAUCCAAGUAAAGUCAGCGGUGACUGAACAGCUUGAUUCUUACGUGGCACCGGUUAGAAUCCAGCUGUUAGAUGCACUGGCUGAUGUUAACGAUUUUGUUCCGGACGAGGCAACCAAAAGCACGACCAUAGUUCCUAUAGUCGUGGCCAAAAGUGAUGGCGACGGGUUGGAGCCAGCGAUGACUACGAUCCAAGUAAAGUCAGCGGUGACUGAACAGCUUGAUUCUUACGUGGCACCGGUUAGAAUCCAGCUGUUAGAUGCACUGGCUGAUGUUAACGAUUUUGUUCCGGACGAGGCAACCGAAAGCACGACCAUAGUUCCUAUAGCCGUGGCCAAAAGUGAUGGCGAUGGGUUGGAGCCAGCGACGACUGCGGUCCAAGCAAAGUCAGCAGCAGCAGAAAAACCUCGGCAAGGUCGUCGUAGAUCGUUCUUAUCGGCAGUGGGGAGGCGGCUCCUCAAGUUCGGGAGGACGUUAUGCUGCUGUUGCUGUUGCAAAUAGUGUGGUAGGUACACCGAUACCGCCAUAUGGUGCGCUCGAUUGCAUCUGUGAGAUGACAACGAGUUGAGAAGACAAGAGGGAUGCAAAAAGAGAUGUUGACUGGUGUCAUCAAUC